GCGAAAACCCGGAGCGGCGGCGCUCCUCGCGGCACCUCCCCGCAGCCCUCCCGGCCUCGCUGGGCAUGCUCAGUCGGCAGGGCCGCCUCAGCUCUCGGAGUAGGAAGCUUGGGCGCUCGGGCGGUCGAGAGCGGCGGCGGGGGGAAAAUGGAGCCCUUCACCAACGAUCGGCUUCAGCUCCCCAGGAAUAUGAUUGAAAACAGCAUGUUUGAGGAAGAACCAGAUGUGGUGGAUUUAGCCAAAGAGCCUUGUUUACAUCCUCUAGAGCCUGAUGAAGUGGAAUAUGAGCCCCGAGGUUCACGACUGCUGGUGCGGGGUCUUGGUGAGCAUGAGAUGGAUGAGGAUGAAGAGGAUUAUGAGUCAUCUGCAAAGCUGCUGGGCAUGUCCUUCAUGAACAGAAGCUCAGGCCUGCGGAACAGUGCAGCUGGCUACAGGCAGAGCCCAGAUGGGACUUGUUCACUACCCUCUGCAAGGGCCAUGGUAGUCUGUGCUUCUGUCAUUGUGAUUGCUGUUGCUGUAAUCAUGGUAAUUUAUCUGCUGCCCAGAUGUACCUUUACCAAAGAAGGCUGCCAUAAAAAAAACCAAUCAAUGGUACUAAUUCAGCCACUUGCAACAAAUGGGAAGUUGUUUCCAUGGGCACAAAUCAGGCUUCCUACUGCCAUCAUGCCCCUACGCUAUGAACUUAACCUACACCCAAACCUAACCUCGAUGACAUUCAGGGGUUCUGUGACGAUUUCGCUUCAGGCUCUUCAGGCCACGUGGAAUAUUAUUCUUCACAGCACAGGACAUAAUAUUUCAAGAGUGACUUUUAUGUCAGCAGUUUCAAGCCAAGAAAAACACGCUGAGGUCCUGGAAUAUCCAUUUCAUGAACAAAUCGCCAUUGUUGCCCCCGAUGCCCUUCUUGAAGGACACAAUUAUACCUUGAAGAUAGAGUAUUCAGCAAAUAUAUCUAGUUCUUACUAUGGAUUUUAUGGCAUCUCCUACACAGAUGAAAGUAAUGAGAAAAAGUACUUUGCAGCAACUCAAUUUGAACCCCUGGCAGCAAGAUCUGCUUUUCCUUGUUUUGAUGAACCAGCAUUUAAAGCUACAUUUAUCAUCAGGAUCAUAAGGGAUGAGCAAUACACUGCUUUAUCAAAUAUGCCUAAGAAAUCAUCAGUCAUUAUGGAAGAUGGACUUGUUCAGGAUGAGUUUUCCGAGAGUGUGAAGAUGAGCACUUACCUGGUUGCUUUUGUUGUGGGGGAGAUGAAGAACCUGAGUCAGGACAUAAAUGGAACCCUGGUUUCUAUAUAUGCUGUACCAGAAAAGAUUGGGCAAGUUCACCAUGCCUUGGAAACAACUGUGAAGCUUCUUGAGUUUUAUCAAAACUACUUUGAAAUUCAAUACCCACUUAAGAAACUGGAUUUGGUGGCUAUUCCUGACUUUGAAGCAGGAGCAAUGGAAAAUUGGGGCUUGCUCACCUUCCGAGAAGAGACACUUCUGUAUGACAAUACUACUUCUUCAGUGGCGGAUAGAAAACUGGUUACUAAAAUCAUUGCUCAUGAGCUGGCCCAUCAGUGGUUCGGUAAUCUGGUAACAAUGCAGUGGUGGAAUGAUCUAUGGCUAAAUGAAGGUUUCGCUACUUUCAUGGAGUAUUUCUCUUUGGAAAAAAUAUUUGAAGAUCUCUCCAGUUAUGAAGAUUUCCUAGAUGCUCGAUUUAAAACCAUGAAGAAAGAUUCCUUGAAUUCAUCUCAUCCAAUAUCAUCAUUAUCUGUUCAGUCUUCAGAACAGAUUGAAGAAAUGUUUGAUUCUCUUUCCUAUUUUAAGGGAGCUUCUCUCUUAUUGAUGCUGAAAACUUAUCUUAGUGAAGAUGUGUUUCAACAUGCUAUUGUUCUUUACCUGCAUAAUCAUAGCUAUGCAGCAGUUCGAAGUGAUGAUCUGUGGGAUAGUUUUAAUGAGGUUACAAACAAAACACUAGAUGUAAAGAAAAUGAUGAAAACCUGGACCCUGCAGAAAGGAUUUCCUUUAGUGACUGUUCAAAGAAAAGGAAAAGAACUUCUUGUACAACAAGAAAGAUUCUUUUUAAAUACGAAGCCUGAAAUUCAGCCUUCAGAUGCAAGCUAUCUGUGGCAUAUUCCACUAUCCUGUGUCACUGAGGGAAGGAAUUAUUCAAAAUUUCCAUUGGUAUUAUUACUGGACAAGAAAUCAGGUGUCAUCAAUCUCACGGAAGAAGUACAGUGGGUCAAAGUCAAUACCAACAUGAAUGGCUAUUAUAUUGUACACUAUGCAGAUGACGACUGGGAAGCACUAAUCAAACAGUUGAAAAUAAAUCCUUAUGUCCUGAGUGACAAAGACCGAGCCAACCUCAUCAACAACAUCUUUGAACUUGCAGGCCUAGGCAAGGUGCCUCUUCAGAGGGCCUUUGAUUUGAUUGACUAUCUUGGAAAUGAGACCUUUACUGCACCCAUCACUGAAGCCCUGUUCCAAACAGGCCUCAUCCAUAACCUCCUUGAAAAACUGGGAUACAUGGAUCUGGCCUCAAGACUGGCGACCAGGGUAUUUAAAUUGCUUCAAAGCCAAAUCCAACAGCAGACUUGGACUGAUGAGGGCACCCCAUCUAUUCGAGAACUUCGGUCAGUCUUGCUAGAAUUUGCUUGCACCCACAGCCUGGAGAACUGCAGCACUAUCGCCAUGAAGCUGUUUGACGAUUGGGUGGCAUCCAAUGGAACUCAAAGCCUACCUACUGAUGUCAUGACUACCGUGUUCAAAGUUGGAGCAAAAACUGAAAGCGGCUGGUCAUUCCUCUUAAGCAAGUACAUCUCUAUAGGCUCUGAAGCAGAGAAAAAUAAAAUACUUGAAGCUCUUGCCAGUUCAGAGGAUGUACGGAAACUUUACUGGUUAAUGAAAACUAGCCUCGAUGGAGAUAUCAUCCGAACACAAAAGCUGUCAUUCGUCAUUAGAACAGUGGCACGACGUUUUCCUGGACACUUACUGGCAUGGGAUUUUGUCAAAGAGAACUGGAAUAAGCUUGUACAGAAGUUCCAUCUGGGGUCCUAUACCAUGCACAGUAUUGUUGCUGGAUCAACUCACCUGUUUUCAACAAAGGCACACUUGUCUGAGGUCCAGGCAUUCUUUGAAAGUCAGUCCGAGACGACCUUCCGGCUUCGUUAUGUCCAGGAGGCUUUGGAAGUCAUUCAACUGAACAUCCAGUGGAUGGAGAAGAACCUUAAAGCUCUGACGUGGUGGCUGUAGCACGCACAGCCACACCUCCUAGUGUCACCCAUUCAGAGAGCUUAUUGACUUGGGCUCUGCUGCUUUUGCAAAAGCCAAGGUGAAGCCAGGGUUGCUGCCGAGUUGUUUGCACUCUUGGGUGUUCUAGUUAGCUCAGGGCCCGUCUGUGUUUUUCAUCUGUCUUUUCUGAAAUGUCUUUGGGCAGUAUGUAAUUAUUUAUUACAAAAUUAUCUUCACCUAAAUGCCAACCAUCUACAAAAACAAUGAGUAAUUUUUCUGCCUUGAAGAUACCCAAAUGGGGAAAAAAUCAGUUUGGGGAUUCUGUUGUGUUUGUCAGUAUCUGGAAAGUACUGACAAUGUGAAACAAGGAAGGAUCUACCAUGGGAACCACCAUCUUUGCAGGCUACUGGUUUGUCAGCCAUUUGUUGCUUCUUGUUGAUAGAUGUUAUUUGAAUGUACAGAGUUAGCUUCAAAAUGUAUGGGAGUGAGGUCGAUGACACGUGCAGCUGGAGAAACUGAUCUCAGGUGUGCAGAUCUACUUUGGGGGUUUUGAUUAAUCCUUUAUUUUCUGGAAAAAGUUUAAAUAAGAUCUUUCACUGUUAUAUUUUUUUCUGCUGAAUAGCCAGGUGCUACAGAAUUUUUAAAUUUUUGUUGUAUUAAAAAGAUAAAUAGCUCCAAAAGAUUAAAUUUUCCAAAUAUUUAACACUUUCUUUUUCAUCUUUUAGGAAAACAUUUCAAUCCAAGUUAGCUUUAAUUGUCUUAUUCGUGAAUUACAGUAUUCUCCAAAUCUGUACACUUUUAUCACUCCCUGUCAUAGAUACACCUUAUGUUAUAAAUAAUUUCUUUUAAAUUUAUGGCAAGCAUUUUGUUAAUACUGAUGUAUUUUAUCAUGACUUUAUCACUGUUGCUAAGAAUACAAUUUGUUUGUUCCCUUUUGGUGUGAUAGAUCAUGGACACUUUCUCUCUGAGUCAUACCCGUGGGUGGAUUUUCAUUUUAUGUGAUAGAGUAACAUAUUAGAACCAUAUUUUAGAAUAGGGCCUUUGAGAAAUUCAACCUUUUUAUUUGAAGUUCACCAUAGUACCUUAAAGGAAUAAAGAGAAUGUGGGAUAGGAGUAACUUGAUUCAGGUUUAAUAUGGUGGGCUUUGAAUUUUUUCUACUAUCAAAAACAGUACUUUUAUUUAGUUAAAAAAUUGUAGUUUUCUUUUAUCAUGGCCAAACUAACAGAUUAAAAGGAAUGGCCAGGAAAGAAAGAAAGAAAAUGAGGGAAGAUAUCCAAAACUGUAUGGCAUUUUUACUCCUUCUAAAGGAGAAAUACUGUACUUGAACUUUUUGAGCUAUGCAGACUUAUACCUAGAUUGUGUGUUUCAUUGAUUCUUAGGAGAAAAGCUUUCUUCCUAAUGAUUCUUGAGUACUUUAUAUUUUGUUUGAAAACAUCUUUUAUGUAUGUAAAAAGGGUAGUUACCCAUUUACAAGCACUUACAACACUCCAUAGAAUCAGACAAUGGGAAAGGUCACCUUUUUGUAUUCAGCAGGUGUAAAGUGAGAAUAUGUGGGAUUGUGUAUAAAAUUAUAUUUUAUUUUAUGAAAAUAUUUUUAUAUAACAAAAUUUAAAAGGCUGGUAAGCUAAAAGAUAGCUUUCUUUAAUCCUAGUGUGUUUUCCCCCAAUUUAGUCUUUUCUAAACAACAUUUCUCUCUGUUUUAGAGUAGAAAAUAUUAUAUCCUGAGAAUCACAGAAUCGUCUAAAGAUGUCUUAUUGAAACUUGGGGGAUUGUAGGUCUUUAUUCCUCCUGUGCUUCAGUAAAUGAAUGAUCACUUAGUUGAUAUUGAAAGUUAGUGUGUUUUUAUAUUUUUAGAGUGGGGACAAAUACUAAACUUUUGACGGGUUUUUUUGUUGCUGGUUUUUUACCAUGUUAUAUUACUAAAUUCCACUUUGAUACAGAGUUUAAAUUUUGCUACUUUUCAAAAUCAGUUAAGAUUCUUCAGUUUUGCCUGCCCAUCUUUACAUUGCUCCUGUAAUAUAUGUCAGCUCUGCGUAUGGCAAAUCUUGUCUCAAAUCAUAUCAUUUUUCCUGUGAGUGUGUGUGUGGAGGGUGGGGUGGGGGAUGUUGUUAUAAGUAAAACCUUUUCAAAACAUAAGCUAAAUAAGAGGUAGCUCGUUAUCCAUUGGUAUCUGUGUACCCAAAAGCUGUGCAUUCCCCUGGUACCAAGUUCAUACUAUUUGUAGCUUUAUUUGUAGGCUUCGCCUCAAAUAUUUGUAGUUUUAGCAGGCCUCACCUCAAAUUUUCCCACAGAAUUCCAUGAUUGUCAAUGUUAUACUAACCCAUCUACAUGGGACUUCUAAAAACUAAUUCUAAGUCAGGAAGAUACGGUUAAACAAUAGGUAGAAUAUAUAGUGUAAGCAAUGUAAUUGUAGUUUUUGAAGUUUUUCCCCCAAAACUUUAUCUUAGCCCCUGUAUUUCUGAGAACUCACAUAGACUGAAGCACAGCAGUCACAGCGUGCUUUUAAGCACACAGACCCGUGGCACAGUUAGGUACUCAUCUGACAAGCGUUAUAUUCACCGCAAAGAGACGGUCUUCUUGAAUGUAAUUUAGAAGGCGUGUCACACUAGAUUACUGGGAAAGAUGACAUUGGAAAUCGGGAAUUGUAGAAGAAAAAUUUAUGAAUUGGAAAUCGGGAAUUGUAGAAGAAAAACCUGUGCUUUGGAAAUCAGAAGGUCCUUGAAAGUAGAAAUCUACGGAGUCCAGUUUGUUCUGUUAAAAUCGAGUGAUUAGCUUCGUUAAACUGCAAGUAGUGUCAGCUUCCACCAUAAGCUUGUGCCUCCCUCCAUCUUAUUGUUUUAUAGAAGUCUCUCUAAGUGAAAUUGUCAUUUGCCAUUGUUUCAGUGUUGAUGAACUUUCUUAUUAUCACAGGACUCUGUUAUCCUUUGCCAUUUGUGUUUUCCUGUUAUUGUACUUUAGCCACGGUAGGAGCAAAGGAGCUGUCAAAAGAGUCCUGGGUAUGUAGAGGAUGUCAGCUGCCCCAGUCUUAUGGAUACCGAGCAGAAUCCUUUCUGAGUGUCGAAAAGUAAGAAAUGAGAGUCGAGUGCUGAGUUUGUCAGAUUACUGAUAGUCUGUUACUGAGUUGGAUUUCGAGUCUACUCAGACUAAAGCCCCUGGAACCAUAAUCUGCAGUCAGAUUGCUGAACCUUCACACAAUCCCCGUGCAUUUCAUGGGGCUGCAGGGAAGGUGUAGGUGUCUCAGGACAUGUGUUGUCACCAAGGACAGCAAUUCCUGGGCAGAGUUUGCAAAACUGGACCCGAAUUCCAUAGGUGUGAUGUAGCUCCUUGUCCCCUUUGCCUUUGUUAUUUUUGUUUUUAUUGGAAUUAACUCUCUUUUUAAACUUUCUUCCCCUCGCACAACACCUCUGUUUGUACUUUUGAAAACUAAGGUAUAUAUUUUUGCUGUUUUUUGCAUUCUUUUAUUUUAUAUUUCAUUCUCUGCAUUGGCAAGUAAGUACCAAAUGCAAAGUGAAGGUCUGAAAGCGUGGUCACUCUCCCCUCCCUUCCCCUCCCUUCCCCUCCCUCCCCCUCCCUCCCCCAUUGUCUGCAUGGGCAACAGCUCAUAGAGGCGUUGAUUGAUUUCUUUGAGUGACUUUUUGGGGGUAUGUGCUUUAAAAAUGUACAGAUAUGUUUUUAUUCUUUCAUUUUGUCUAUUUUGUCCUGAUGAAAAGAGAAAUAUUUUCCUAUGAAAACCUUGUCUACUCUUCCCAUAUUGCCUGUGUGAGCAACAGCUAGAGUAAUUAUUUGAUUUUCUUUUUUGGAAGGAAAUGGUGAUAUUGGGAGGAAGGUGAAGUAUGUUCUUUUAAAAAUUACAUACACGUGUUUUUGCUGCUAUUUUGUGGGUGUUGUUUCAUUUUGUAGUUCCUCGUCCUUCUCAUGGGUAUGUAGCUAUCUGAUGAACUGUGGAGGUCCAGAAGUAUGACAGUGUCCUGUUACCCCGUCCUCAUUGCCUGCAUGGACAGAAACUAAUGGAGGAGUUGUAUUUUGGUCUAGUCUUGAGGGCAGGGGGUUGUAUAUCAUUGUUGCAAGUGUAUAUAAAUAUUAUGCUACUUUUUUAUAUUUCAUUGUAUACGUGCUCCUUUGCAUGGAUGUCAUUUAAUGAAAAUUGAGGUUCAGAGUAUGAUAAAUCUCCUCUUUUCCCUUUUCCUCUUGCCCCUUUGGGCAAUAGCUUGAGUAGUUUGUUUUGGGGGUGGGAGAGAAUGGGGUAUGUACUCAAUGUAUAUAAAUAAAUUUGCUACUACUUUGUAUUACUAAUUCAUUUCGUACUCUGUCCUCAUAGGACAUGGAAGUACCUAAUGAGACGUGGAGGUCCGGAUGUAUGACAAUUUCCUCUUGUCCCCUUCCCUUAUUGCCUGUGUGGGCAAUGGCUAGUAGCGUAGUUAUUGGAGUGGGGUUUGCGGGGGGAGGGGAUGUGUACCUGCUGUAUAUACCUGUUUUUACUACUGUGUCAUAUUAUUUCAUUGGGUGCCCAGAGGGUGGUAUCUCAUGAACCAUAGAGGUCCAGAUAUAUAACAAUCUCCUCUUGUCCCCUUCCCUAUUGCCUGUGUGGGCAAUGGCUAGUAGAGUAGUUGAUUAGUUUCAGGGACUCUUUUGUGGGUAUUGGGUAAAUACUUUUUAAAUAUGCAUACAGGUUUUUACUUCCUCAUUAUGCUCUUUCAUUGGGUGCCCAGUCCUUCACCUGGACAUGUAGGUUCCUAAUGAACCAUGGAGUUCUGAAUGUACAGCACUCUCCUCUUCUCCCUUUCCUUUUUUAUCUGUGUAGGCAAUAAUUUUAAAGUAGUUGGGUUUUUUGAAGUUUUGGGGGGCAGGAUAUAUACUUUUGGAAACUGUAUAUACAGUGUUUGUUACUAUAUUGUGUUUUUCCAUUUUGUACCCGUCCCAAGCUUGGACGUGUAGAUACCUAACAAGACGUGGAGGUCCGGAUGUAUGAAAAUCUCCUCUUUUCCCCUUUCCACAUUGCCUCUGUGGGUAAUAGUUUUAGCGUAGCCUAGAUUAUUUUUUUUAAACUCUACCACUGCCUCCCCUGGGAGGGUGGGGAUAUGUACUUUCUAAAAUGUAUAUAAAUGUUUUUGCUCCUUUUAUCUGUUUUGUACCUAGACCUUUCCAUGGAUACUUAGGUACCUGAUGAAAAUUAAGGUUCAUUCUAUGAAAAAAAUCUCCUCAUCUCCCUUUCCUUAUUGCCUGGCUGGGCAAUGGCUAGUAGCAUAGUUGUUUAGAGAUGAUUUUUUUUUUUUUGGCAGGGUAGUGGGGGAUUUCUGGGUUUGCAUUUUUUAAAUGUAUGUAAAUGUUUGCUGCUUUUUUUGUUCUUUCACUCCAAACUUAGUUUUUUGUUUGGACUUGUAGAUAUCAACUGUAAUGCAGAGGCCCAGAUCCAGAGGUGUCGUCAAUCUUUUCUUCCUUCCCCCGUAGCCUGUGUACAUGGGCAAUAGUAUGAGAGUGCUAUAUAGGGCUUGGUUUUUUGUUUUUGAGGUUUUUAAUGGGGAAUAGACUUAGGCAAGAUAUGUAGUUUUUUAAAUGUAUGUAAAUGUUUUUGCCUCUUUUUGAUGUUCACUUCAUUUUGAGUCUAGUCCUUUGCAUGGUUAUUUAGGUACUUAGGUAUUUAGGUGAUGAAAGUUGAGAUUGAUUCUAUGAAAAAUCCCCCCUACUCCCCUUCCCUCAUUGCCUGGUGGGCAAUAGUAGAACAAUAGAUGUUUGGGUUUUUUUUUUUUGAGGGAUGGGGGUGGGGAAGGUUUGGGUAUAUAUAUAUGUAUAUAUAUAUAUUUUUUUUUAAUGUAGAUAAAUGUUUGCUACAUUUUGUGUAUUAUUUCAUUUAGUACCCAGUCCUUUGCUGGGACUUGUAGGUACAUAAUGAAACAUGGAGGUCCAGACGUAUGAUAAAUCUCCUCUGCUCCCCUUCCCUCACUGCCUGUGCAGGCAAUAGUUUUAUAAUCUGGGGUUUUUUUUCAGGAGGGAUUAUUUGGGUGGGUAGCGGUUAGGGGAAAAGGACAGGGUAUGAACUUUUAAAAAAUGUUUGUAAAUGUCUUCCUGUUACUGAUGUUGUACCUAGUCCUUUGUGUCCAGUGUGGGUACCGAAUGCAAAUGGAGGGUCAGCGUGUGACAGAUCUCCCCCCCUUCCCCUGGUUGCCUGUGUGGGCAACAGCGAUUAGAAGAGUUGUGUGUUGUUUACUUACUUGUUUGUUUUGAAGGGAUUUGUAUUUUUGGCAAGGGAAUAUUCUUAAUACAUAUAAAUAUGUUUUUAUUUCUUUGUUAUUUCAUUCUGUCUUUAGUCCUUUGCAUGGCUUUGUAGGGACCUAAUGAAAAUUGAGUUUCAUAAGUUGACACAUCACUUUUUCAUUUCCCGCAUAUUUCUUCAUUUAGCAGUAGCUAGCACAGUUUUUUUGUGUUUAUUUUGUUUAAUUCUCUAGCAUAUAGCUUUUAAAGAUCUAAAAAAAUAUAUACACAUAUGUAAUUUCCUUCUCCCCCCCGCCAUUAUUUUCCUUCAGUACUUAGUCCCUUGCAGGGCUCUGAAUGUAUCUAAUAAAAAUAAAGUCCCACUAAAUCCCUGCCACCUGAUGUGAAGGUGUGGCAUUGUGGUGGUAUAACUAAUGGCAACAGACAUGCAGCAAAUAAGAUGGGAGAAGACACUUGGAUAUGGUUGAGUUGUGAAAGCUAAUCAGAUCCAGCAUUUCUUGUGUUGAUUCAAACUAAAUGAAAUGUAAGAAGGGACCUGUUCUUUGGAAAUUCCGGAAGGACAAGGAGGAAUACUAAGUAAAAUUGUGUUUAAAGAUCAGUGCUGACUAAUCUUUCAGUGACUGGUAAGCCACAGAAGUGCUGCCUAGAACUCGUUUGAAGACCCUAGAGAGCAGCUUCUUUUCUGAGGCCUAGAAUUCUGAUCCGUCUUUAGAAGUCUGUUGCAGUUCCAUCAAUAGCAUAUUCUUGUGUAGUCGGUAGAAAUUUUUUUUAUUUUUGGAAUGAUCCUUUUGAGUUAUUGCCAUGGUUCUAGUGAAUGACAGCAUGGGCCCAAAAACUAAUGCAAAAAGAAUUUGAGUGACAGGCCUCUUCUAUUUUUCAGCACCCACGUAUGGUAGGGCAAGCUGGCCCUUUCCUACCCGGAACUCCUCUGUGUGGCUGCGUCUCUCUCCUCAGUUCUCCAUUAGCUGGACCAUUCCUGUUCUUUUUCCUUUUUGUCUUCAGUCCCUGCAUUGUUAGAUGUUAUCUUCAAGUACACUCAAAAAUGUAAGCCAGUGUCGCCUCAUUAGCUGUGUAUUUUGCAUGCAUUUCAUGCAUCCAGACCUGUAUGUUCCCUUUCAGCAUUUCGAAUCAUAUUUCACAUCAGCUCUUCAUCCACCACAUGGUAACUGUUAUGACUCCACAUUUGUCUGUAUCAAAGAAAAUGCAUGUGUAAAAUUCCUCCCUCUCUCUCUGCCCCGCUCCCUUCAUUCGAUCUUCUGAGCAUUUCUUGUUCGUUCUGCAGUUUAUAAUGAAUAUAAUGCUGAAGAUUUGCCAUAUUAUUAUUAUUAUUAUUAUUUUAGAAACAUUGAGUGAUAGGACUCCUAGAAAAUUUGCAAAGAGAUGUUAUUUACCUUAUAAAACUCUCAGGUUCUAGUGUUGAAAAAUUAGCCUAUACUUUACUGUUACUUAUACCUGCUGCUGUAGGAAAAACAAAAGUUUAUUCAUGACACAUUUAACUUUGAUCAUAAAUAAAAGAGAAGGAGGCACCUUUUUGGAGUUAGUCAUGGUCGUCAUUAGUGAUAUUUCUGACAGUUCUUCAUUUGAAGUACUUCAAAGGAAGUAAAGGUCAUGGCUUAGCUGAAUGAAAUGCUCCAGAAGUACAGUAAUACACUCAUGUGUGUGUGUGUAUAUAAAAUGAGAAUUACAGCGUAAAUUGGAGCAUUUGCGUUAAUCAGCAAGCUCACAUUGAGACAAAACUCAGUCUUACAGCUGUCUUGAUUAAAGCCAAGUGUUCCAUGUUGCUGUGAAGAAGAGUCUUUCAAAAACUUUGAAAAAUAGUUACUUGGGUACUUGUAAGGUAUUACAUUUUCGUAUUUAAACACCUAUAGAGAUCUCCAGUUCCUUGAAUCUGAGCUUAUGGGUGGAAUUCUAAAUUUGUAUCAUAAUCUGUCUUUUGUGGAAGGUUUUGAAAAUAGUUAUGUAUAUAUAUAAUAUUAUAUAUGCAAGUUGUGUUGUGUCACUUGUAAAGGGAAAAGGCUUAUUUUUCUUUAUACUUCUAAUAACUUGUUUUGCAUAUGACCAGCACUGACUGAAAGGCAUGUGUAACUGCAAACACUGUUGCUUUUUUUUUUUGUGAAAUGAAAAUAAAAGUAUUUAAAUAUAAA